UGGCGCCCAGCUGAUUAUUUCUGAGGUUAUAUCAGUCUGUUGUGCGCGUCUUUUCGAGCGUGUCGUGUUUAUUUUGAGCAUUUUACUGUUUAUUUUCAAUGGAUUCCCAAGAAAACACUUCUGCGGAGGUCAUGAGUGCAGACACCACUGAGAUUGCUAAGGAAAUCAAACCUAUAGACAAGAUUUCUGUCCAUAGAAUAUGUUCCGGUCAAGUGAUCCUGUGUCUAGCGUCAGCUGUGAAGGAGCUUGUGGAGAAUUCCUUGGACGCAAAAGCCACAUUGAUUGAGGUGAAGCUGAAAGAUCAAGGCCUGGAAUCUGUAGAGGUUUCUGACAACGGAAUUGGCGUGGAAAAGACCAAUUUCAAGGGUCUGGUUGCCAAGUAUCAUACGUCGAAGAUUCGAGAUUUCAAGGAUUUGGAACAAGUGGCGACUUUUGGCUUCCGAGGAGAGGCUCUGAGUUCUCUCUGCGGCCUUUCCGACAUGGUGAUCAUCACCAAACACCACUCGGCUGUCUGUGGCACACGAUUGGAGUUCGACAAUCGUGGCGACAUCACCGGAGAGUUGCCUUGUGCCCGCCAAACAGGCACAACUGUGCAAUUGCGCAACCUUUUCGGCCUCUUGCCUGUCCGGAAGGCAGAAUUCCGGCGGAAUGUGAAGAAGGAGUUCACCAAGAUGUGCACCAUCCUGCAGAGUUACUGUCUGUCAGCCACUGGCGUGAAGAUCAUCUGCACAAACAUCACGCAGAAGGGCUCAAAGACGACAAUCUUCCACACGGAAGGCGGAAAGAGUGUCAUUGACAACAUCAGGAAUGUUUUUGGGGCCAAACAAGUGGCAGAUUUGGUGGCCAUCAAGCCACCACUGGAGAGAGAUGAUCGGUUCAGCCAAGAGACGUUUCAGGAGUUGGAUUUGGCCGAUGUCAGCACAGAUGAUUUGCAGAAUCUCAAUGUUGCCCAGUUCACGAUCAACGGAUGGAUUUCAAGUUGCGCUCACGGAUCGGGAAGAUCUUCUCGCGAUCGUCAGUUUAUCUACGUGAACUCACGUCCGUGCGACUUGAAGAAGAUCAUCACGAUGGUGAAUGAGAUUUAUCACAAGUACAACGUGUAUCAGUUUCCCUUCGUCUAUCUGGACAUAAGAAUGGAGAAUUCACGCGUGGACGUGAAUGUGACGCCAGACAAGCGACAACUCUUCAUUGGGAAUGAAAACAUCUUGCUUUUGGCGCUGAAAAUUGCCCUUCUGCGGACAUUCAAUGAGUGCGCGUCGACUUAUAAGAUCGAGAAGCCCGAAAAGUCGCUCAAAGUGGUGCCGAAGAAGAGCGAAAAGGCGGAGGAAGAGGACGUUUUUCUGCCGUCAAGUCAGGAGAAGUUCACCAAGAAACUCUCUCAAUGGAAGGCAACGGGAAACACAGAUGACCAGGAGUGGCAUGAGAAGAGAGGCAAGAGGAAGAUCAUGGAUGAACUGGAAGUUAGGAAGGCAAAGAUGAAGAAAAUGCAGGCAACUCUCGAAGCUCCGGAACCGGAAAGAAAAACGAGAAUCUCCUGUGGCAGCACACCGAAGAGAGACGUAAUCUUUGAAGCGGUGACACCAAAAGCUGCGGAACCUGUGAAAUCUCCUAAGAGAAGAGAUGUCCUGGAGGAUAAAGUCAUCGAUGUGGAUUCUGUGGCAAAAUCUCACUCUUCUCGUGCCAAAAUUCGCCAAAUGUCGCAAAAACUCUCAAUCUCGAUGGCAGAAAUCCGCGCAAAGUGCCAACAAGAGGCGCAGGCGAGGAAGGAAGCUGGACAAGUGGACAAUUUGAAGAGGUUGAAGUUCAAGGCGAAGCUCGAUCCCAACAUAAACGACGCGGCUGAAGAGGAGCUCAGCCGAGAGAUUGACAAGAACUCAUUUUCCAGCAUGAAAAUCAUCGGGCAGUUCAAUCGCUCCUUCAUCAUUGCGCGCCUCGAUGACGAUCUGUUCAUCGUGGAUCAACACGCCACGGAUGAGAAGUACAACUUUGAGCAGUUGCAGGCGACAGAGAAGAUCCAAUCGCAGCCGCUGGUGAUUCCGCAGAGCCUGGAGUUGAGUGCCGUGAAGGAGCUUCAGCUGAUGGACAAUCUGGAUGUCUUCCAGCGCAAUGGCUUUCACUUCGCCAUCGAUCGCGAGGCGCCGACAACGAAGAGGAUCAAACUCGUGCAGAAGCCGCAGAGCAGAAACUGGGAUUUCGGCGUGCAGGACAUCGAGGAGCUUCUCUUUAUGCUGGAGGACGCUCCGGCUGGCGUCACGUGCCGUCCGUCGCGCGUCAGGGCGAUGUUCGCCUCGAGGGCGUGCCGGAAGUCCGUGAUGUUCGGCAUGGCGCUCAAGCGGAGCGACAUGAGACGUCUACUGGAUCACAUGGGGCAGAUCAAGCAUCCCUGGCACUGUCCGCACGGACGACCGACCAUGCGACACCUCCUGAACCUCAGCAUGAUCGGAGACUGAAUAAAUUGCUAAGCUAAAUUGAGAAGCUGU